AUGCAGAAUAAAAUUAAACCCGUAUAUGAUAUUAAGACCGUGGUGCCUUAUAGACAAAAUUUUGAACAAUAUCCGAAGCCUUCAUUCUCCUCUACGGUGGCUUCAUCAAAUUUCCCCAAAAAGCUUCGCAAAUCUUCAAAACCCAAAACCAAAGUUCAACACAUCAAAAAAUGGUUUAUGGAAAAUUUUCGUAAUUUUUGUAAUACCACCUCGUUGCAUGGCUUCAAUUAUAUCACCCGUUUGGAUUUGUCCAAAAAUGAGCGUUUCUUUUGGUUGUUUAUAACCAUUAUAUCGAUUAUAGUUUCCAUUGUAUUGGUUAUGAUCUCGUAUAUAUGGAAUCGAGAAACACCCACGGUUACAGUGAUUGAGAGUUCUCAUUAUCCCACCUGGAAUAUACCAUUCCCCGCAGUGACUUUGUGUAAUUUUAAUAAAAUGUCCAAAACGAAAUCUAUGAAUAUGGCCAAGGUGUUAAAACGCCCUCCCAAUACCAGCGAAGAAGAUAUUCUACAGGUUUUUAAUACCGUCAUGUACUACAGCUUUGCCUUCAAUCAGUCCAGUGUAAAUUUCGAACUGGCCCAGAAGGUCUUGGCGCUCAACAAUAUGACCUUAAAUGAUUUGGCAAGAACAUUGACUCCAAACUGUAUGGAUAUGAUAUCGCGAUGUUUUUGGAAGGGUACCAAUACAAGAUGCGAUGGGCUAUUUCAACGUAUCAAGUCCAUGGGUUUGGGAGAUUGUUGUUCCUUCAAUUUUUUUGGAGAGGAGAAACAUAAUUUUCCAGAUAAAAUUGCCUAUCAAAUUCCCAAACGACCUUAUCGUGUAACCGGCUGUGGUUUUCCCACUGGCCUCUCGAUUCUGAUCAAUCCCUUUGCCUAUGACUAUUUUGCCUCUUCGUUUAGCAGUUAUGGUUUUCGCCUAUUGAUACAUGAUGCCUAUAAUGCUCCUGAUGAAAAUGCUGAAACAAAAAUCAUAUCCUCUGCCCGUGAGAGUUUUGUUCACAUCAAUCCCGAGUCCACCUAUGCCACAAAUGAAAUCUAUAAAAUGAACAUUGAGGAGCGCAAUUGUUUGUUCCCCCAUGAGCGUAGACUUAUGAUAAUGCAACGUUAUACCUUCACCAACUGUAUGUGGGAGUGCCGCAUUAAUUAUAUCCUCAAAAGCUGUGGCUGUAUACCCCAUUCAUUGCCCAAUAAUGGCACAUAUCCUGUGUGCGAUGUCAAGGAUUUGCAAUGUGUCAUGAAGAAUCGAUUAAUCUUUACUCGAGCCCUAAACGAUUACAAUGUCACCCUGUCUGCUGUUAAGGAUACAAAGAAAUUUCCCUGUGAUUGCCUACCCGAUUGUCAAUCGAAUCGUUAUAUGUCAGAAAUCACUAUGGGGCGUUUGAAUGUGAAGUUGCUGUUCCACAAUGAGGAUGUUGAGAGAGCUCCCAAUGACACCAAUAACAUUUUAUUGCAUGUGUUCUUUAGUGAUCUCAUGUCCACUAGAUAUCGCAAAGAGGUCUAUCAGAAUUGGUUAUCAGCUUUGGCUUCUUUUGGUGGCCUUUUGGGCUUAAUAAUGGGCUUUAGCAUUGUGACCGCAUUUGAGUUUGUCUACUUUCUUACAUUUCGUCCAGUUUUUAAUUAUUAUAGUGCUCAAUGAAUGUGAAUUGCUUAAUAUUAUGUAAAAAAAUCAUAUUCAAAAGGAAUGGUUGCGUAUGAGCAAUAAUAAUAAUAAUAAAGGCCAUGGUGCGUA